GUACGUAACCCUAAGGCGCACAGCUAAAAUCCAUCCUCAGUAAACCCUGCGUUGAGCAUGACAACUCGCGUCUCCGAUUCUCUCAGAACGCGUUCGACGAUGACGCCGCCGCCAGACAUCCUUCGCUCUAUACUGUUACGAUUGCCUGUAAAAUCUCUCCUUCGUCUCCAAAGCGCUUGUAAAGAGUGGCUUUCUUUAAUACAAGAUUCGGAUUUCAGGCAUUCGUAUUCUCACAAAGAACGGCUCAUCGUGAUAUAUGAGUCAUAUGAUACUCCGAGUUAUGCCAACCCAAAUAGAUUUAUCGUUAGUUCCAUCAACCAAAGCUUCCAGGUUGAAAAGGUUUACUAUUUCACAGAGCAUUUAUCCCUUUUUAAAGGAACAUACUUCCAUAGGCAUGAUGUUUUGGGUUCUUGCAAUGGACUUGUGCUUCUGUCGGUGAAUACCCAUAUUUUUCUGUGGAAUCCAUCCACCCGACAUUGUACAAAAGUGCUUGAGCAUGAAUGCUUGAUGGAUUCUGUUAGAGACUUUGCUUCAGGAUUUUGUUAUGAUUCUUCCACAGGAGAUUAUAAGGCCGUCCUAUUACUUCCCAAAUUUGUUAUUGUUGCCAGCCUCAGGCAGAAAGAGUGGAGACAAGUGUCCUUCCCUUAUGACCUGCUUUCUCGCAGAGCAUCCCUUCACUUUCGUAAUAUAUUUCAUUUGGUACCAAGUGAUGUAAGGUGGCAAGAUAAUAGCUUUUCAGGAUGCGAGAAGAUUGUGUAUUUUGAUCCGGAUAGUGAAAAGUUUGAACUUUUGCCUACCUCUAAAGUUAAGGAGGGAGGAGUCAACAUAAUAGGUGCUUUGGGAGUUAUAGAGGGUUGUCUUUCUAUGGCUCUCUAUGAGAGUAAUACUAUAGAAAUCCUUGUCAUGAAGGAAUAUGGUGUUGCAGAAUCAUGGGUUACUUUGUAUACUGUCUCACAGCUUGAACUCCGUGUUGGUAACUAUAGCAAAGUAACGUUUUACUCUCUGAAGAAUAAUGUUCUGAUUUGGCAGCAGGGUGACUGUAGGAUAUUUGUUAUUGAUAUGAAAACAAAAGAAAGAAAAGAAAGAGAGACCGUAUUAUUCGGGAUAAGAAAUGAAUUUGUUGAUACGUGUUUGUAUGUUGAAAGUCUUGCUUCACCUCAUGAAUAUACUUGGAUUGAUGAACAACACAAACAGUUUUCCAAGAAGAUCAAAUGGACAGGACCCAAUUUGAGGAAAUAAAUGAAGAACAAUUUUGCUAUAGGUACCCCAAUUUUACCCCAACUGGUACCCCAUAUAAAUACCCCUCCAAAAAAAUUACCCCCCACCUCCCUCCGUCUAAAUUUCUCCCUCACCUCCCUUUCUAGAUCUACGGCUUUUCCACUCUUCCCCUUCUCAGGAAAAAUCAAAAUUGUCAUCGACCUCACCCCCUCAUUUCGCGUCACAGACCUUCCCAAACCCUGCCAUCUUUAGCUCUCUUCCGGCUCCGUCACCGACCUCACCCCCUCUCAACCGGCUUCGUCUACGCCUUCUCUCCGUUGCCGGAGUACAGUGACUCCGCCUGCCGACAGUCCAAAACAACAGUCUAAGAGCCCCAGAUUCUUCCACCGCUCACAGCCUUCUUCUCCGCGUUCUCCUUCCCCUUUUUCUCUCCUCAAAUCCAGCCUCUGUCUUUCUAAGAGCAGGUGUGGGAUAUGUUCAAGGACGGUGAAAUUCGGGCAAGGGGCGACCAUAUUCAUGGUGGAAUGCUCUCAUAGCUUUCACUUCCCCUGCGUUGCCAAAACAGAAUUCCCAAAAAUCAUUUUCACACAAACUACCUCUUCAUUUGUUGCUUAUUAAAUGAAUAAUUUUCCCCAUUCUAAAGAGUGCGCUAAAGGCAUUCCAGUUUUGCGCCUUCUAAUUCAUUUAUGUAAUUCUUCAAGAAUAGAAUACCACAAAUGAAUGUUAUUAGAUUAACUGGAUGGCUCUUGUUCAGGGAUAUAACUGUUUGUGGUGCGGACAAGCUUAUCGAAAAUGGCUGAAAGGUCGGGAGAAGCUUGGCACACCUUGAAGCAUUGUGCGAGAAGCUUUACAACUCGCAAGAUUCUGCUGAACGAGCACAUGCAGAGAACACUCUCAAAUGCUUCUCAAGAAGCUUUAUUUGUUUGAGUACAUAGAACAACUUUAUGCAUGCACAUCUUCUUAUUUUACAAAUGUAUUUUAUAUUACGUGUGAUGACUUUUGUGAUGUCUCUCUUCAGAUGUUGAAAAUUGCUUUGUAGUUGUCUGUGAAGUGAAAAGAGUUGUCUGACAUUCCAUUUGAUUUGUCUGUAAUGUGAAAUGAAUUCUUUAAAAAUAAUUUGUAGUUGUCUGUAUGUGAAAAGCGUUGUCUGGCAUUCCAUUUGAGUUGUAUGUAAUGUGAAAAUAGUCCGUCUGUCUACAUAUGUAUUGCAACAAAUUGUCUGUAAUGUGAUAUAAAAUGUCUGGCAUUUAUUCUGAGUUGUCUGUCUACAGGUCAGGAGAAUGUGGAGUGAUGGUGGCUUCCUUUGCAGAGCAGUUGUUAAUUGAAAAGUCAUUGAUUCCAGGUUGCGAGUAUGCAAACAUGUGGAACAAGGUGGAGGAAGCAUAAGAAUUGUUAUUAAUGUGGGAAUGUAUUUUUGUGGGUUGUUUUGAUGAGUUUAGUAAAACUGUAUUUUAUAGUACAUUUUGAUGAGUUUAGUAAUUGUUAAUGUGGUUAUAUAAAAGUGUUCGGAGAUAUGAUUGUAUUUGUUAAUGUACAAAUGAAUUUGGUGAAAACCAAA